CCAACAACUGUUAUCCAGUUGACAGCUUUUUAUUCUUUCCCUUGGAUUGUGUUGUUGUGUGAAAAUCCUAUCCAUAUGCGCAUUCAAUGCGUCUGUCUGUCGCCCAAACAAGAUAUGCUAUGAGACAAAGCAUGCAACCGCUGUCUGUCGACACGACACCCACACACGGCUGGUGACGUCCGAAUCAACCAACCCGCCAUACCUCAGCCACGCACGAAUAUGCACAUCGUUUCUCACACGAUCCACCGGUUACGCACGACGCUGCACCACCGCCCCUUCCCUCUGCUGUCUUGCCUGUCGCUAGGCCUCUAUCUGGUCGAAAUUGGUGUGGCCGGUUUGCUUACAGUGCUCCACUGCCUCUUUCUCGCCCUUGAAGGCCUGCGCGCACACCAGACACCGGAUGGUCAUUCCCGCCGUGUCGGUGUACUGCUUGCGGGUCUUGAGGUCAUCCGCUAUCUCCAACGCCUGAAGGAAGGAGCCAUGAGCACCAUCCCAAUCAACAAAGGCGUAAUGCGUCGUGUCGGUCUGUCUGUCUGUCUGUCCGUCUGGUCGUGUGUUGCCUCGCUCACCCCGCCUAACGCCAUGUCGUCUGCGGGGUCGAAUAGCGUGACCUCACCGCCGCCCGCCUUGCGGCCGACAAAGUAGUCGUAAUGGAUGCCGUCAUACAGCAGCAGACCCCUCUUGGGAUACUGCUCCGACUCACCUGCACAUAUAUCCCAAAACAGCAGCACAGCAUAUAUAAUAUGACACACCUCACCUCUCUGUCUGUCUGGUCGAUCGGUUGACGAUUGGCUGACUGACUGACCAUAGCUGUCGACCCUGAGUGUCUGCACGUCGAUGGCGCUGAACUGCGUCCUGUAGUACUCGGCGAAGAUCAUCAACUCAAUGAACCCUCCCCAGCUCUCGCUCUUCAAUAUCCACUCGCAAUACCGGUCCGUCGGCCUUCCCAAUAUCGCCUCGCUGAACCGGUCUGGGUCUCUCCUGACGGCGUCGCGUAUGAUACGCCUGAGGUCCAUGUUGCUCUUGGAGGGGUCGACGAUGGACCGGAUGCAGUUGAACAGGCACGAGUUGUCGGCCGGCACGACCUUUCUCUCAACCUGAAACAAAGAAACAGACCGACAGACACGCAGCCGCACUGCAUGAUCCGCAUGCAUUCAUAUCCCUCCCUCUUGGAUCGGUACCUUUUCAACAUGAUCCGCCUCUGCUGCGCAGCUGGCGGGACGGGCCUGUGACGAUCCGCCAUUCUGCUGUGGUGCAGAGGGCGGGGGGGACGCUGUCGGUGGUGCCUGGAGGGUCUGCUGCUGCCCAUUGCUGACAUCCGACCUCUCCGCGCCCUCCUCAACGACCAGCAUCUCAUUGUCGGCAAUGGGCACGUCGCUCAGCGGCCUGUCGUCUGCCAGCGAUGUGUCGAUGGGCUGCGGAGGGAAGCCCACCUUGAUGACCUGCCGGUUGGCUGCGAUGCCGGUGCACUCGCUCACUUUCUGCCGCAGUGUGCCGAGGACGAACGGCUCCUCCAGCUCUACCGGUGAGCGCUUGCCUUGAUGCCGGAUCAGCAGCCUCAUCUCGGGGAAAGUAUCACGUUUCCUUUUGCUCAUCAACCGAAGCGGAGCUUCCUUUCUUUCCUUGUCCUGAGAGAGCGGUUUCACGGACAU